AUGAGAGCAAAAGAGUCAAGUGGCACUGCCAAGCCUAUGAAGUCACCUACUACACACAGAACGCUUGAGAAAUGUUUCCUGGAGUUAAGCCAACGAGGAGAACUACUACUCUUUCUUCCCAGUUUCGACUUAAGACAAAUUUCCCGUUUCCGUGACUCGAGGACAUUUGCCAGAUAUUUGGUUGCCUACCUUCCCAGAAUAUCUACUUUUCAGCAAUUUGGGAGCACAGCUGGUUACGGUAGAACUGCUCCGUCGUCACCAUUCCCGGAAUGGUCGUAUCCGCAACAUGAUGCGUACCCCUACAUGACUCUACUAGCUGCCCCUCGUCUGUCUUUUCCCAUUCACGCUGCACCAACGUUUAUGCGUGCUCCUGUCGCCGCGCCAUAUUUCCAUCCUGGAUAUGCAUAUCCCAUGUAUCCACAUCCGCAAUAUUAUCGGCUCGGUUCCAAUGCACAUGAUACGUCGCCGGCUUACACUACAGUACGUCAGCAAGGAAUGGAGCCAGCGACAUCCGAUGACGAUGCGGAACUUGCCCCUUCAGAAAUUAACGAUGAUGGUCGCCUUGCGGAUUCGCUACUUUUUUAUCCAGAACUUCUACGCACACGUCUUUAUCGACAACUUCAAGCUAUGCGAAGAUCAUAUCGAUUGGGCAAGGCUCUUGAAAAAAUGAAGAUAUCAUAA